AUGCCCGUCAAAGUUCUCGAAGAAAAAGUUGUCUUGGAACAUCCCUCCGGCUCUUCUGCUGAAGUUUACUUCUAUGGAGCUACCGUGACAAGUUGGAAGUAUCAGGAGAAAGAACGUCUGUUCUUGAGCGAAGACACUCAUCUCGAUGGAACGAGCGCUAUACAUGGGGGAAUUCCUCUAGUUUUCCCGCAAUUCGGCAAGGCAUCAAAUCCAUCUGCCGAGACCGCUGAACUUCCGCAACAUGGUUUUGCUCGCGUUUCCAGAUGGGAAUGGCAGGGUAUUUCUGUUGAUAGUGAUUCACAAGUUUCUGUUAGGUUUAGACUUACGGAUGCCCAAGUGCCCGAAGCCCUUCGUCAAAAAUGGCCCAAAAAAUUUAGACUCAUUUGUACGGUGACCUUAGCUGCAGAAACUUUAACCAGCACAAUUGAAGUUAAAAAUGAGGAUACCAAAUCAUUUGAUUUCAAUACGCUUUUUCAUACUUAUUAUCUCGUUCCGGAUAUUUCCAAAGUGUCGAUCAAGGGACUCUCUAAUGUCACAUACUUCGAUAAAGUUGCCAAUGGACCAGAGACCUUGGAUACCGACGACUCGAUAACAAUCGAUCGAGAAGUGGAUCGAAUCUAUAUCGGUGUCCCAAACGAUGAUGUUUAUAUUGACCUGGGAUAUGGUACUUCGGGGAACUUUAUCUUGAAAACGAUUAAUCUGAAAGAUAAAGUCGUUUGGAAUCCAUGGAUCGAUAAAUCACGGAGAAUGUCCGGUUUUGGAGAUGAGGAGUAUAAAAAAAUGGUUUGCGUGGAGCCGGGAACCGUUUCAUCAUACAUAACCUUGAAUGUUGGUGAGACUUGGGAUGGUGGACAGACGUUAAGCAUUAUUCCAUAG